AUGCCUCCCAACUCAAGAUCCACAAACACAAACUCUCGAAAGUUGAAGAUUCUCAUGUUGCACGCAAAAACCCAACGCAUCANNAAAAAACUACUCGAGAAAUCUCUCGCCAGUCUUCCCAUCAAGACUGAUCCUGCCAUCAAUGGCAUCGACCUUUACUAUCCUACUGGUCCUUUCAAAGUCUCUUCUGCAGACCUCAAUGGCGCAGAGGUGAGAGACGACGCCAAUGGCUGGUGGAAACUGCGAGACCGCGGUGAAGCUCAAGAAGGCGUGGAAACAGGACUAAACUCCGUGUCAACAGUGCUCAAAGAACACGGACCCAUGGAUGGAGUGAUGGGGUUCAGUCAAGGAGCCGCUCUAGCUGCCAUGGUUGUUUCUCUACUCGAACCUUCCCGCGAAACCGCAUUUGCUAAAGUCGCAGAUGGUGUCAAGUUUCCAGACUCGUUCAAGGGGUUGCAACAUCCACAACUCAGGUUUGGUGUUUGCUUUUCGGGAUUGAGGAAUAAGCAUGAGAAGUAUACUGCGUUUUACGAGCCGAAGAUUCAGACACCUGUGUUGCAUGUUUUGGGCAGUAUGGAUACCAUCGUGGAGGAAAGCGAGUCGUUGGCACUUGCGGAAAGAUGUGAAGAUGGUGGGAAGGGGAUGGUUAUCAGACAUGCUGGUACGCAUACUGUGCCAACGAGUGAUAGGGAUAUUGCCGCUGUGAUACAGUUCAUCCGCAACGCGUUUCCUGUUGCGGAUGCAGCUGCAAAGAAAGACGAGGAGGAAGACGUUUUGGACAUGGACAUGCCUUUCUAG